CGGGGACGGGGACGGGGAGCGUGAGAGAUACUUACAGAAAAGCACACCUGCAUACAUUCAAAGGACAGAGAGAGAAAACAGGCAGGGAGAGGGACAAGAAGAGAGAGACAGGGAGAGUGGGAGUGUUAGAGAGACACAGUGUUUAGGAGAGAGGUAGAGUGUGUACAGAGAGACAGACAGACAGGGAGGGGAGUGAGAGAGAAGGACAAGGAGUGAGAGACAGACCGGCAGAGGCAAGGAGUGAUGCCUCCCCAGGUCAGUGAAGAUGCGGAGCCGUCUGAGGGGGCUUCGCUCCCCCCGGAUCACCGGAGCCUCCGGGGACAGCCUGUGUGGAUCUUCGGGUACGGCUCUCUCAUCUGGAAACCGGGAUUUCAGUUCACCCGCAGGAGGGUUGGCUUUAUCCGGGGAUACAGCAGGAGGUUCUGGCAGGGAGACUCCUAUCAUCGCGGGAACCAACAGGAACCUGGCCGGGUUGUCACUUUGCUGGAAGAUGCUAAUGCUGACACAUGGGGAGUGGCUUACCAGGUCCAGAAGGACCAGCUCAGACAUUCGCUGGAGUACCUGAACCUCCGGGAGGGCGUGCUGGGCGGAUACGUGCGCAAGACCGUCACCUUCUACUCCCGUGGGUCAACGGCCCGUGGCCGCAGCACCCUGGCACUGGUUUACAUCGCCACCCCCCGGAACCCGCUCUACCUGGGCCCUGCCGAGGCUGAGGACAUCGCAGGGCAGAUCGUCCGCUCUCGCGGCCACUCGGGCCACAACCUGGAGUACCUGCUCAGACUGGCACACUUCAUGCGCUCGGCCUGCCCAGGGGUGGAGGACGAGCACUUGUUCUCCAUCGAAGCGGCUAGCCUGGCCCUCGAGCCGAGCGGCGAGCGUCGGGCGGCGCCCGGGUGUGCCUGAACAGCCCGGGGUGACGGAGCCCGACGGCCGAGGACUGCGCCGGCCGUACCGCUCAUCCAGCGCCGCUUCGGAGCGCCAGCUCGAUGUGGUGCAAAGUACGAACCCCUUCCGGCACCUCGCCAUCAGCUGUAGCUGUGCGUGUGGGGAGAUGGGAUUUUUAGACGAACAUUGUAACUCUGUUGGAGUGCGGGGCUGGUGUGUUGAGGUGGGUGUGUGGGGAUGGCGCUCUAGUCUGCGUUCAGUCUUCUUAUCACCAACUGUAUCACUGUUAUCAACAACUAUGUUUGCUAUUUUUUAACUUAUUAUUUACAAUCAAUAAAUGCUGUUUGCUGAGUCUUUUAAAUGUGGUUACUCAGCACAGGGAUGGAGAA